AGCAAACAGAUGCCCUUCAAUGGUGUCCGAAGAGUCAUACCCAAACCUCCAACUUAAUGACCUUUUCGAAGCCAAUGAUAACAAUGUUUCUGAGGCAUCCGAUUCGGAGGAAAAUAAUGGCUUUUUUGUGCAAUCUGAUGAUUUGAUGUUGGAAGAUAAGGCCGUGGGAGAAAAUGACAAAGUUAAUCCAUCAAUGUUUCAUGACAAGCAGCAGCAAGACUAUUUCGAUUCUUGCAGCAAUCAAAUGACGAAUAAAUACUUUUAUUAUGAUAGGCCACUGUCAGAGGAAACCGGGGCUUGGAUACCUAUCUCUCUCCCGCCAAUGACAAAAAUGGAUCGUGAAGAAUGGAAUGAGGGUCUUUAUGCGGAUGGGGGCUACUUCCCGGAUGAUGACAUUGACAUGGGGUGGGAUCAAUAUAUUCUCCAAACUAAGGAGAUGACAAUGUGGGAUGUGUUUCGUGACAUGCUAGUUGUUGCAAGAGAAAAAGUCAGUGCUUGUACAUCCAUCGAUUUCCAUAGAUAUACGGGACGAUGGAUUUCAAACCGUGUGCUCGAGCAAGCUUGGGAAGAGAUGGCUCAAACUCUUAAAGAUGCUAAUUUCGGUAACAUUAAGAGUAUCCUUGAGGCGGAGCCCCCAAGAUGGUUGCCCGACAGUGCUGCAGCCGCUUGUAUGCUUUGCAAUUCGCGUUUCCAUCCAAUCAUGCGUUCUAGACACCAUUGCAGGUUUUGUGGAGGGAUAUUUUGCAACGGGUGCUCUAAAGGACGGAUGUUGUUGCCUGCAUCGUUUCAGACCUCGAACCUGCAACGAGUUUGUGAUGUGUGCUCUGUACGGCUUGAGCCAGUCCAAUCUUACUUAAUCGACCAGAUUAGCCGUGCAGUACAGCUUCCAACUCAUGAUUUAACGGAUCUAAGUACGCUGAGAUCAUGGCUUAAUUUUCCUUGGGGGCAGUCCAUGGAAUAUGAAAUAUAUAAGGCUACAAACACCCUGAGGGCAUGUUCUAAGGCUGGGUAUUUGACUCCCGACAAGUCCAUUCCAGACGCCAUUCUUAAACAAGCAAAGGGCCUUGCUAUUCUAACGGUCGCAAAAGUUGGUGCAAUGGUUACCUACAAUAUCGGGACUGGCUUAGUUGUAGCAAGGAGAGACGAUAGAUCUUGGUCUCCUCCUUCCGCCAUAUCAUCUCUUGGUGUUGGUUGGGGAGCUCAGAUUGGAGGAGAAGUGACAGAUUUCAUAAUUGUGUUGAGAACAAGUAGUGCUGUGCAGACUUUCAGCGGAAAUGCUCAUUUAUCUGUUGGAGCAGGGUUGAGUGCUGCAGUGGGCAUUGUUGGAAGGACCGCUGAAGCUGAUUUACGCGCUGGUGAUGGCGGUUAUGCUGCCUGCUAUACUUACAGCUGCAGUAAAGGUGCAUUUGUGGGAUGCGCUCUCGAAGGAAGUGUGGUGACAACCCGGACUCGAGAAAAUUCAAGGUUUUAUGGUAAUCCGUCGAUCACCACAUCAAAUAUUCUUCUUGGAUCCAUGCCACGACCCCCUGCAGCUGCUAUCUUGUAUCACGCACUCUCCAAGUUGUAUCAGAAAAUAGGAAAUUGAUUGAUGAAAGCAUAUUGUCCUGAACGUAUUCUCUGAUGAAUGAACUAUGGAAUGAUUCAGAUGAUUUUUUCCGUUGCAGA